AUGAGUACUAUAACAACACAAUUUGCAACAGUGGUGACAUUUCUUCUAGUGUUGCUAAUCAAAAUAGAAGGACAUUCAAAUUCAGUUAUAAUUCCAACUGAUGAAGUGAACAAAAAUUUGUUCAUUGAUGUUGUGGUUGAGAAAGUUUCUGGGAACGAUAUAUCACCACCUGAUUGUAGUACAAGACCAUGGAUAUGUAGCACUGCACCAUUUCCACCAAAAAGUGUAUGUUGUGGAAACCGUUGUGUUGAUAUUGCAAAAGAUAGAAACAAUUGUGGAUUGUGUGGUGUAAAUUGUCCAUUUAAUUGGCAAUGUUGUAACCGUUUGUGUGUAAAUAUAAACGUAAGCCCUUUUAAUUGUGGUGGAUGUGGAAGGAUAUGUCCUAUUGGAAGUUUAUGUCGAUUUGGUAUUUGUGUUACUUCUUUUGUGAAUCCCGCCCCACCACCACUACUUCCUCCAAUGGAGUAA